AUGGCUUCAGAAUUGCCAAAAGCGACAGAUCUGGCCACGAUGCCAGACGAUUCCGAUACUAGCACCAGCUCCACCGAGUCUCCCGCGCCUGCGACGUCAUCCACAACAAUAAAAGACACGCUUGUGCAACCCGACCAGUCCACAACCCAAGAUAUCCCGUCGCAACAUGCCGAGGAAUCGCUGGAGCAAGCUGGUGCUUUCAACGCUUGGCUCUCGCAGGAGAACGAAGACGAUGGCGCCAAUGACUGGCUAGCUUCCGACGAUGCGGUCCCCGAGCAGACGCAACAAGAGGAGACCCCCAACGAGGCUAUUCCCGAGCAGGUGGAUACUAAGCAAGAGGACGCCGAGCAAGCAAACACCCAGAAUGUCGACACUGAGAAGGCAGAUGCUGAGCAAGCACACGCAGAGCAGUCAGAGACUGAGAAAGCAGAGGUUGAGCAAGUAGAAACCGAAGCUGUUUCAAAACCCAAAGGACCGGUAGCCCAGCAUUCAAGCUCAAGGUCCUUUGCUCGUACAGUGUCUCACGAAAUCAGCUUUGGUGACGAUGACGAGGGUGAAUGGACACUGAGUCGCACCGAUACCGACCCUUUCAAAUUUAUGCCUCCCAGCGAUCGAACCAACUCUUUCCCUGCAGUCCCACCCGCUCAUUCGACUGCAGAGGUGGAUGAACAACACCAUCUUCCCUCUAACCAGGCUAUGGAUGUGUUGGAAGAAACAGAGAGGGAAGUAGAUGAAGAAGAGGAGUUAUAUCAACAAGAGGAAACUUCACUGGGACUACAUACACCGAGAAGAGGCCAUUCUUCGUCUAUUUCUAUCGGAGGAGAUAUAAAGAGCCCGGAAGGCCAAGAUUCUGAUGAAAGAUACGAAGAGGGGAUACCAUUAAUUCCGCAUGACGCUCAAGAAACCAACGAGGAACCUGUUGCCCAAGAAAACAAAACUACAGGCGACCUUUUUGAAGGAGAAGGUGACGAGGAUGCCGAUUUUUUCAGCCAGGUUCAGGGCUCUGAGUCCGUAUCUGAGGAGCAGCAUGCCCCUACCUUGGAACGAAAAUCCACGAUGCAAGUACUGGAUUCGAUGAAUGCAGGCUCUGUUUCGAAGAAGUCGGCGCUUGAGGGGACCCCUGAAGAGGAUGAGGAAGAAGACGACUCAGACUCGGAUUCAGAUGACAGCGAGGACAAGGCUAAAGAGGAAGAAGCCGCAUCGGCUGAGCCAAUGCCUGUUGCAUCUGAUCCAUCCCCCGUCAAACAGGAAGAUAUUGCUUCCAAAUGGGAACAAGCAUUCGCCGAUGACGAGGAGGACGAUGAUUUCUUGCUCGACGACAACGCCGGAGAGGAAAAACAAGUUGACCCUGCUGCGUUCUUUGGAAGCGAUGAUGAGGGUUUUUUAGAAGACGAAGAGCCAGCUGCGGACCCAGUGCCUGCGCCUGCGCCCGUGCCUUUUCCUACAUCACGUCAAGCUUCUGGGUCAAAUCCCUACAUGCCACAAGCACCAGCCGUUCACCCAGCACCAUCACCUUAUGCCCCCGUUAACCAGGUGCCUGGAGUAGCUGCUCCCCCAAUUCCCGCAUAUAAUGCUCCAGUGCCUGGUAUGACUCCUUUCGGUGCUGCUCCUCAAUAUGGUCAGCCAGCUCCCCCGCGUCCAGAUAUGCCAAAAGCACAAAGCUUUGCCGACAAGUCAAAAGGAGGGUAUCACUCGCCAUACGAUCUGCCAACUGAUCUUGUUACGAAUUUGGUGAAGCCCCGCAAGAGGGCAAGCAUGCAACAGCUCUCACAAACAGAACAGCUUCAUGCUCCCGUCCAACCACCGCCUAGAAGCGCGAGCGUUGGUAUCCCGGCUCCUCCCACCAAACUCACGCCCCCGUCUUCUAGUCAUGGGCCGCCUGCUCAACAACCAGGACCCCCGAAGCCUGCGGCUCCCGGUGCUCAUCACAAGGAGAACUUCUUCGAGGAACUGCCCAUGACUUCUAGGCCGCGACCAAGCUCACGGACAAGCCAGAGGGCUGCUUCACCUGCCAGAAAUGCGCCCCCAGUUCGCGCACCUCAUGUCCCUUCACCACUGGCCCCUUCGUUUCCGAACCAGACGGCCCCGCCAUCAGCUCCUGCCAUGGCCCCUCCUCCCAGCGAGCCUUAUGGAGAGCCUUCGAUCCAGGCACCUGUUGUUCCAGGAGCUGGUCUUGUUGCGCCUGAAAGGGUCAGCCCAUAUGCUGCUCUGACUACUUCUGCCAACCACAUGCCACAGCCUCCCUCGACUAGCGCUUCUCGAUACUCUCCUGCUCCCGGAACAAGUCAUACCGCGCCACCAGCUCCUGUGAACAGCCGUUAUUCGCCGGCACCUCCACCCAUCAAGACCCAUGGAUCGUACGGAGCCGUGGCAAAUUCUGGCCCUGGACCAAUGUUGCCGCACCAGCCUAGAACGUCAAGCCCAUUGACCCAUUCUGAGACUGCUCACUUUGAGCCCAGAUUGAGCCGAGUUUCGUCUCUGCCUCCCACUCGAGAGGUAGAUGAAGAGGAUGAGCAACAGACCCAAACAAGGUCCGUGAGCGCUGCUCUUUCUCCUCCUCCCCAGGAGACUAGAUUCAAUCCCACAUCACCACCACCUCCCAGCUAUGCUGGGCAGUUGAAUCUGUCACCACCUAAGCAAGCGGGCCCAUAUGCACCUAUGGCUGCGUCGUCGGCUCAUCCUGGCUUCGUGCCUCCUCCUCGAGCCCAAACCCAAUCGCCGAGUGCCUCUUUCGGUCAUAAGCAGGCCCAGGGAUCUUCAGACUCAACGCGCCGCCCUUCGUCUGCUCACUCCCACUCGUAUCCUUCUCCGGUAGGCGCAAAGCCAGUGCCCUCACCUUAUGCCCCAGUAGCCCCUGCUGCUGGUGUCUCGACUGUUCGAACUCGUGGCCAGUCCAUCACUAUGAAUAUGAUUGCACCCACUGAUGGUCGGGAGAACGAUGAACUUCAGCGAUGGAAAGGCGUGCCCAUCAUCUCUUGGGGUGUUGGUGGCACUGUUGUGACAUCAUUCCCAAAGAGUGUUCCCCGAUAUGGCAUGAACCAGGCUGUUCCCAUGAUUGUGCGCACGCCAGGAGAAGUAAAGGUUCAGAGUGUCAAGGACCUCGAACCCCUUCACGAGCACGUGGCUAAAUUCCCCGGUCCUCUGAGAGGCAAGUCCAAGAAGAAGGAGACGAUUUCGUGGCUUAGUGCUGGAAUCGAAUUGCUGGAAAAGGAUUUGCCUGACGUUUCAUUCCAUUCUCAGCUUUCCCUCGAGGCAAAGAGAGCUGUUGAACGCUUGUUACUCUGGAAAAUCAUGCGCAUUUUUGUUGAAAAUGAUGGCAUCCUAGAGGGCAAUCCUACUGUCGAGGCAGCUGUUCGAGAUGUUCUCUCUCCCGGGGAGACCGCACCGGCAGCGGGUGAUGAUGCUCUCUACCCUGCCGCCAGCAACUUUGCUGCAGGCAUUGCCUCUGUUACCUCGAUGCAGGCUGACGGCGUUGACGUGUCCACUAUGGAUCAGGUUCGACAUCACCUGUUGAGAGGCGACCGAGAUAAGGCUGUGUGGGCCCUUGUUGACAAGCGACUUUGGGGACACGCCAUGUUGAUCUCACAUACUGUCGAGGGAGACCUUUACAAGCGUGUGGCCCAAGAAUUUGUCCGCAAAGAAGUCAAUUAUCCUGGUCACGCUAACGAGUCUAUGGCCGCUCUCUACAAGAUCCUCUCUGGCAACUUUGAGGAUUGUGUUGACGAACUCGUCCCUGUACACGCAAGGGCUGGUCUUCAACUCGUGUCUACUGAAGGAGGUUCCGGACCCUCUAAGGACACACUAGAUGGACUAGAUAAAUGGCGCGAGACUCUUUCGCUUGUGCUGAGCAACCGAAGUACCGACGAUAUUCAGGGGCUCAAUGCUCUUGGAAGUCUUUUGUCCAGCUAUGGACGAGCUGAAGCUGCCCACAUUUGCUUCAUCUUUGGUCGCCAUUCUUCAAUCUUUGGUGGACUGGACGACCCUAACGCAAACUUCGUGCUCAUUGGAGCUGAUCAUCGACAGCAGUCUGACCAGUUUGCUAAAGAGACAGAGGCCCUCCAGCUAAGCGAAGUCUACGAAUAUGGCUUGUCUCUUGCUGGCGGAGCCCUUGGCACAGCAGGAACACCACAUCUGGCCGCUUACAAGCUCGAGCAUGCCAUGACUCUUGCCGAAUAUGGUCACCGAGACAAGGCCAUGCAGUAUUGUGAUGCCAUUCUGACAGCCAUGUCCGCCCAGACUAAGCGCUCUCCUUACCAUCAUCAUGUUCUCGAGGCUGCAGUUGAAGACUUUAUGUCAAGGCUGAAGUCAGCACCAAAGGAAGAGAGCGGCUCGUGGAUGUCGAAGCCAAGCAUGAACAAGGUCUCGGACAGCAUGUGGAACAGAUUUAACAAGUUUGUUGCCGGAGAUGAUACCGAGGACAACACUGGAGCUGCUGGAGAUGCAGGACCGUUCACCCGUCCCUCAGGAGAGUUUAGUCGAUCACCUUCAGUGUCGAACUUUGACGUCUAUGGUCAGCAGUCACCUGGUUUCGGAAUGACACCUGCUCAGACGCUUGCGGGUGCUGCUGCGUCAUCAAAAUAUGCACCGGCCAAUAUGACACCUGUCACGAAUCUGAACCCCUACUCUCCUACUUCUCAGUACACACCUGGACGAAGCUCGAUGGAACAAACCCCUGCGACGACCUAUGGACAAAACCCAUAUGAGCCCGCAUACCCUGGUGUUGCUUCAGCAAACCAAGGAGACAGUUACACACCAUCGGUCCCUCAGCCUGAGUCGAACGAUACUGGGCUUGGUGGAUCAGGCCUUGCUCCCGCUGCCCAAAUUACACAAGGAUACUCUCCUGCUGGAUACCAACCAUACGGAAUGCCAGCCUCAACACCGAUGGGUGGAGACGAGAAGCCUGCCGACUCUUCCGCGCAAGGCUUCCAACCUCUUAGCUACGGUUACGAGCCUCCUCAAAUGUCCUUCAACCCUUCUGAGCAGGCAAGUGAGGAGAACAAGAAUGAGAGUAGCAGUGGCGGAUACGAGCCUCCUUCUUUCCAGCCUUAUGGAUACGAGCCGCCAUCCUAUGAGCCCCAGUCUACUGCAGAUGAUGAUGGUGAAGUACACCAACCAAAAAAGAAGAGUAUUAUGGAUGAUGACGAUGACGACUUUCCUUCUAUGAAACCUGCUGUGAAGUCGAAGUCGGACAAGGACAGAGAAAAUGAAGAAAUGUUCCGCAAGGCUGCCGAAGAGGAUGCCAAGCGUGCAGCUGCCCAGCAGUCGUCCAAGAAGGGAUGGGGUUUCGGCGGGUGGUUUGGAGGUAGCAAGAAGGCCGCUGCUCUCGAGCCGUCUUCAUCUGGCGAAUCUUCACCAGGCAAGCCCAUUCGUGCCAAACUGGGUGAGGCCAGCAGCUUUGUCUACGACCCUGAUCUCAAACGAUGGGUCAACAAGAAGCCUGGCGCUGAAAACACACCAGCCAAGACUGCUACACCUCCUCCCCCCAGGGCCGGUCCUCGCUCUGUGUCUGGAACUCCUCCCCCGCCUGCAGGCACUCCACCUCCACCUUUGGUCUCGAGCAACAGCGCGCCGCCGCCGCUCAUGCCUCCAAAGUUACGCGCUGGUACGCCUGAGUUGUCGAAGCAAGCGUCUACAGAAAGCCUCGGCUUGGCACCACCUGUUAUGAUGCGAUCGGUUUCUAACACUAGCAAUGCCAGUGCACCGCCUAGUCGGCCGACCACAAGCAUGAGCAAUGCUAGCAGCAUUGAUGAUUUGCUAAGCGUGGCACCGCGCAAGGCCGGUGACAAGAAGAAGCCCCGAAAGGGUCGCUAUGUUGACGUUAUGGCCAAAUAG